CCCUUGUUUAAUUUAUUCAUGCUGUUUUUUUAUCUACUUUAUGCUGUAGCAAUACCGAUAUGUUUUGCUAAAACUACCACUAUACGCACUUUGUUACGGGAUGAAGUAAACAUGACCACUGACUUUAUUUAUUAUAAUUUUUAACAUACAUCUCUUAUUUUUUUUAUCAAGCCGCCCCGAUGUUCAGCUCUAAACUGUCAUGCGUAAGCAAGCGCAAAUAAUUUUUCAUACAACUAUCACCGAACCAUCUGCCACAGCCUCCUUUACCGAAAGCCAUGAAGCAUACAUCUGGCAACGCCGCGUGUGGGUCUAUCAUCUAUCGCCAAUCUCGUCCAUUUUGCUCGUGUUUGUGUUUUGCUGUGGUUUUGCUCCGUUUGUGAUUGUGAUUUGGACCGCACGUGAAUUGAUUUAUGCCUAGGUUAUGUUGCGUGCCAGGCUGCAAAUCUAAUUAUAAAAGUACCCUGAAAAAUGAAGAAUUACAAACAACUUUUUGUCUUCCAAAUGAAGAAUCCCUUCAAAAGUUAUGGCUGAAGGCCAUUCACCGUGACAACUAUUCCACAACAAAACAUUCAGUGGUAUGCUGCAAGCAUUUUACAGAAGGUGAAAUAAGGCGCUUUGCGGUUUUUAAGGACAAAGAUAGUGUUUUUCAAGAACGCCCUCUAGCACGGCCAACAUUGAAAAGAGGAGCUGUACCCCAUAUAUUUGCAAAUUUACCAAAAUAUAUGAGUACUCCAGAGCCGAAAGCACGUCGAGAUCCAGAGGAACGACAAAAAGAAUGCAUCCAAAGAGAAACUGAUCAAAUUGAGGCAUUUUUAAAUGAUGACUUGAUUGUAGACUUUGAUGAAUUCAAAUUACUUGUGCAGACAAAAACAGUGCUGAAAAACUGGUGCUUGAAAAAUUGUGGUGAAGUGUUUUAUUUUUAUUUGUUAAAUGCUGACUGUGAUGUGUUAGAGGAAGGUGUUAAGGUUAUCAAUAGUAUAGUCAUUCAUUCUGACAUGACUGUGCAAGUAUUCCUCCAUAACACGAAAUUAUCUCCUAAUGACUUCAGUAUGGUUUUAGGUAUAACCUCGACCGCUAUUCUCAUUGCUUCCGGAAGUAUGUAUCCGGACCUGGGGCCUUUUCCACUUUAAUUUGAGCUCCUGAUUCUUGUAGUUCCCCCAUCGUGAAGGGCUUCGGUUAUCUUUACUCCCGUCUGCCAGUUAUCGUCUCUGUGGAAAAAGGUGUUCAAUUAUCUUCAUUCUUCCAAGCUGUUUUGUAUAAGUCCUGUAAGUGUGUCCAGUCGUCUUCACUCAUUAUUUGUUUGGCUCAUUCCCUUGUCACCUUACUCUUAUAUUUAAGACAGACUUCUCGUUACCGCUCUAUUUGUACUAUCCACCAGUAUGGAAUUUUUCGUUUUUCCUCUCGGGUAUGGAUGGUGCUUUUUCUAGUAGCCUCUUCUAAGACAGCGAUUAGCUCCACCAGAGUCUCGACAUUUGCAUGGUUGAAGGUAUUCAUGUUUUCCUUAAAAGCUUUGGCAUCAAAAAGAGAUCAUCUUCCGCCUGGCUUCCGGACUGUUGUCUCUUGAAUAUCCAGCUCGAAGUAGAUAUGGUUAUGAUAGCUGAGUGUCUCUCCUGGCAGGACCUUCCAGUGGGUUACUUUAGAACAUAUCGUCGAAGUGGCACCAGCCACGUCGAUAAAGGAUCAGCUUUCUCCUCUCUGGAAGCCCUCCUGAGUUGAUGGAUUUUACCAGAGCGGAAGCUUCAAAGGUGGUCUCAGAUUGAAAAUUUAUUGACAAGGUAUAGUUUUGCUCAGCAUACUGACUUGGAUGGUACUUUUCAUUUGAAAAAGGCACACGAACAUCUGAUAUCAGCAAUUGCAAUCUUAAAUCAACAAAACGGUAAACAUCUCACAACUUUAGAACUUUUAAGGGACCAGCUUUCUCUCAUUACAUCGAAAAAGGUAUAUAAUAUGCCGACUUUAAUUUUUUCAUUGAUUAUUUUCAAUCAGUCAUCUUCAACAUAUGAACAUAUUAGAGAUUAUUUAAUUCUCCCUACGAAUAGACGUUUAAAGUAAAUUUCUUCAGAGUUUAAUGUUUCACCAAUUUUAGACAAAGAGAGAAAAAAUAGUUACCUUCAACAUGCAGCUUCAAACCUCUCUGAUAGAGAGAAAAUUGUAUGCCUUUUAAUUGAUGAAAUUUAUGUAAAAACUGGUUUACAGUAUAAAGCAAAGAAUGUGACUGGAUUUGCUGAGAAUGAUCCAACUAAGCUAGCCAGAACAGUUCAGACAUUCGUGAUAUCGUCUGCAUUUGCCAAUUUUAAAGAAGUUGUACGCCUUGUACCAGUGAAUAAUAUGCCAGCUGAUGAAUUGUCCCAAAUAGUGUUAGAUGUAAUCAGAUACAUACAAAUGGAGGGGUUUAAAGUGUUGUGUGUUUUUAGGUGUCUCUGUAAUGGUGAUGUAUAUUUUUCAAUUCCAUCAGAUCCUGCAGAAAAAAUUUUUACACUAUUUGAUUUUGUCCACAUAUUUAAAAAUAUAUAUCAUAACUGGUUGAAUUUGAAAAAUGUUGAGCAUACAUUUCUGUAUCCAAAUUAUAAUAAUUUUGAUGUUCAAGAAAAAGCUUCAUUUGAAAAUAUUAGAAGCUUUUAUAAGAAUGAAAUAGAAAAAUUAACUAGGUUGGCUUACAAAUUAAAUGAUAAAACAUUGUAUCCCAAUAAUUUAGAAAGACAAAGUGUAGUUUUGGCAAAUAAUGUUUUCCAUGAAUCCACAAUCGCUGCCCUUAAAACUUGCAGUAGUUACAGCAGCACAGCAAAUUUUCUACAAAUAGUGCAUGAUUGGUGGAGUAUCAUAAAUGUAAAAAAUACUUUAAAGGGUACGCAUAAAAGAGAUGAUCACUCGUGUCCCAUCAUUCCAUUUCACGAUGAAAAUUUUAAAUUUUUGAAGAAAUUUUUAAAUUGGUUGGAUGCGUGUCAUCAAAAUAUUCAAAACGUUGGACUCAGUACAGAUACAUACAAUGCAUUGAAACAUAGUACAAGUGUUAUGAUUAAACUUGUAGACUAUUCUUUUGAACACUUUCCAGUUGAGUAUGUACUUUGUGGGAAAUUUCAAACAGAUAAUUUGGAAAAGAGGUUUGGUAGAUAUCGAUAUCUAUCUGGAUGUAAUUAUCAUAUUUCUUUCAAUCAAAUUCUAGAAUCUGAAAAGAAAAUCAGACUUCAGAAUGUUUUGAAGACGUGCAACACAGAAUUUGAUUUAAAUGAGCUUCGCAAUUCUUCCUUAACAUCUGAGCAAGAUACAUUUUCACUGGAUAUAUCAGACUUUCUUUUUAUUUUGGAAACUGAUUAUUUAAUUAGCUAUGAUGUUGAUGAAGCAGUAAAAAUAUACAUAUGUGGAUAUGUGGGCCACUCUCUCAUAAAAAAAUUAGUUGUACAAAAUGCCAGGAAAAACCAAUUAGGAGCAAAGGUGUCAUGUUGGAAUUAGAUUAUUUUGAUUAUUUACAAAGAGGAGGUCUUUGUAUUCCAGCUGAUGAGAUAGGAUAUAUCUAUCAUCAUGCCUGUGCCAUUUUUACUUAUAUAAUUGAUCAUGAAAAUACUUUGAAAAUGUUAUUUGCCCGCUUAGAUCAUAAAACUAUUUUAGGUACACUAAUUGUGGAAAGUUUAGAAUCAGAUGUAUUCAUUGACCUUAAGAUUAUUUGUGAAUGUGGUAUGCCCUAUAAGAAAAUAUAUACUGCUGCAACAUUCAUUAUAUGUAACAUUUUAUUAAAUAACUUUACAAAAAAUAAAAACAACUUGUGUCACAAAGAAAAAAGUGACAAGAUAAGAGAACUAUUAACUUUGACAUCCUAGCUUAUAAAUAAUUAAUAUUUGUAUGCAAUAAGCGAUUAGUUCUAGGUGAAAAACAUAUACUAAUUGAUAAUGUUUCUAUUAAACCGUUCUUCUAUCACAA